AUGUGCUUCGUAUUUAAUAGGCACGUUUAUCAAAACUAUUGUUCGAGGAAUAUCAAAACUAUUGUUCGAGGAACUUUAAAAGAAUUGGGGAGGCAUGUACCAUUUAAUGUUGCCAAAUACCAAGUGGGAAUAGAAACUCGUGUCAACAAUGUGAUCGGUUUGCUAAAUAACGGGUUAGAGGAUGUGAAAAUUGUGGCGAUUUGUGGAACUGGUGGGAUAGGAAAGACGACCGUUGCAAAAGCUGUUUUCAAUCAGAUAUUUGAUCAAUUUGAAAGUCGUUGUUUUCUCAAUGUGAAAAUAGUUUCAGAACAACAUGGUGUAACUUAUCUACAACAACAACUCUUGAAUAACCUCUUGAUGGAAGAUGAUCUAGAGAUAUGUCAUGUUGAAUACGGGAUCAAUAUGAUAAAGAAAAGACUCUGUCAUAAGAAGGUUCUUAUAGUUCUCGAUGAUGUGAAUAGUUUGAAGGAAUUAGAAAUUUUAGUUGGAGCAAAUGAUUGGUUUGGUUUGGGAAGUAAGAUCAUCAUAACAACUAGAAAUGAACAUUUGUUGGUAGAGAACAAAGUUGAUCAUGCAAUAUAUAGGGUUGAGCUAUUGAAUGAGGAUGAAUGUUUUCAACUUUUUAGUUGCCAUGCCUUCACGAAGAACAAUCCUGAAGAGAAUUAUUUGAAAAUCUCAUGGAGUGUAAUAACUUAUGCCCAAGGCCUUCCAUUAGCUCUUGAAGUUUUGGGUACUUUAUUAUAUAAAAAAAGCAUAGAAGAGUGGGAAAUUAAUUUGGAUAAAUUAGAAAGAAUCCCAAACAGAAAAAUUCAAGAUGUUCUUCGACUGAGUUUUGAUGGCCUUGAUGACAUGGAUCAAAAGAAUAUAUUUCUCGAUAUUGCAUGUUUUUUCAAUGGAUGGGAUGAAAAAAAUGUUAUGGAUCUACUGGAGAGUUGUGGUUUUUACCCUCGAAUUGAAAUACCUAUUCUUAUCGACCGGUCACUUCUAACUAUCACGAAUGAUAGAAUAUUGAGUAUGCAUAAUGUGAUACAAGAAAUGGGUAGAGCAAUUGUUCUUGAAGAAUCACCUGAUCCUGACGAACGCAGUAGGUUGUGGACUUUUAAAGAUAACAAAAAAGUACUUGGAGAGAAUACGGCGACAGAAGCAAUUAAAGGCAUUAUGCUAAACAUGCCAGAUGGCCAUCUAUCAGAGGAGUUACUUAUAAUUAAUGCUGAUGUCUUUGCAAAGAUGAAGAAACUAAGACUGUUAAAACUUAGUGGGCCCGUACGGCUUUGUGGACAGAUUACAUAUCUUGUUUGGGAUGGUUAUCCACUUGGUUUUCUGCCAUCCAAUUUCCAUCCACAAAAUCUUAUUGAACUUCAGCUUCCAAGUAGCCCUAUCAAACAAAUUUCAACUGCAUCUUCAAAAAAGUUAAAAUCGCUUCUUCUUAGUUGCUAUCGAUAUUUGAAAGAAACUCCUGAUUUGUUCAGUCUCCCAUGUCUCGAGGUUUUAGAUCUUAUGGAAUGUGUAAAUUUAGUUAAGGUUCACCUUUCCAGCGGAGUUCACAGCAGGCUUGCAAGUGUGCAUCUCAGCGGAUGUAUAAAACUCAGUAGUUUGCCAAGAAGCAUUCAGUGGACAAAUCUGAUAGAAUUUAAUCUGUCAGGAUGUGUAAAACUGGGGAAUUUUCCAGAGAUUCAAGGGGAUAUGGAUCGUUUGGAGAGACUUAGAUUAGACAAUACUGGAAUAAACGGUUUACCAUCAUCAUUUGAGCAUCUUAAUGGGAUACAGAUAUUAAAUCUAACGGGGUGCCAAAAGCUUAAAAAUGUUCCAAACAACAUUUUUUGUAGAAUGAAGCGUUUACAAGACCUUUAUAUGGAAGGAGUUGCUAUGACACAGUUACCAUCAUCCAUUGCGGCCUAUAAUAUAUAUUCUAUGUUCUUGGAAAUUUGA